AUGUCUUUAACCUCCUCCUCCUCCUGGUUCCGGACUCUCCAAGUCUUCCUCCUUUUGCAGCUCUUCCUCGUGCCGCCGUGCCUUCUCCACCCGCAGCCGUGCCACCUCCUGGCUCAGAUCGGACACACGGUGCGCGUCGGUGCGCUCUUGCCGGCGCAGAGAGCGGCUCGCGUGCAGGUCCAGGCGGCACUGAGCCGCGCUGCAGCCGCGAUGAGCCGGGACCCGGACCCGGACCCGGAGCGGGAGCGGGACAACUUUCUGCCCUACAAUCUGAGCCUGGAGCUGGUUUCCCAGCAGCCGGCCGCCGCGGACCCAGAGUCCCUGUUCCGGUGCGUGUGUCAGGGCGUGGUGGUGCAGGGAGUUUCCGCCGUGCUCGCCUUCCCGCAGAACCGCGAUGAACUGCUACAGGUGGAUUUCAUGGCUUCGUUUCUGGAAAUCCCGUUCCUCAGCGUCUUUGAGCACGGGGAGCCGCUCCGCACACAGAACCGGUUCCACCUGCAGAUGGUGAUGGGGGUUCCAGAGUCUGGUCUGUCCGACCUGCUGCUGACGGUUCUGCAGCGGUCCGGUUGGAGGGAGGGCACUGUGGUUCUGUGUCGGGGCUGGGAGGAGUCUCGGGGCCUGUUGCAACUCCUGGACGGUCAGUCUGCAUCAUGGGACAGUGGGGGCGGGACCACCUGGAACCUGCGCACCAUCCUGAACCUGACACAGUUGGCACACGAUGACACUCAGAUCCACGAGUUCCUGUCUCGACACUUCAGACAGAGCCAGCACUCGCCGGCAUCAGUACUGCUUUUUGGAGCCGACCCGCUAUGUGCCGCAGCGGUGCUGCGCAGUGCUCAGGACCUGGGCCUCACAUUACCCAUGGUGCAUUGGGUGCUGGGCCAGCCGCUCAGCCCUGAUGCGCUGCACGCCAUCGGGCUGCCGCUCGGCCUGCUGGCCUACGGAGAGGUGGAGAGGAAACCGCUCGACUUCUAUAUCAGAGACGCCUUGCAGCUUGUCACCAGGGCCGUUGCCGCAGCAACUAUGGUGAGACCGGACCUGGCUCUGAUCCAGAACAUGGUGAACUGCUACGACAAACCCAACAAACACGAGGUGCCAUCAUCAGGGCAGUACCUGUCCAGGUUCCUAUCCAACACGUCUUUCUCUGGUCUGACCGGUCCUGUCCGAGUCCACCAGAACCGAUCUCAGGUCCUCACCUCACAGCGAUUCCACAUCUGGAGCCUGCGGCGGGACGCAUUGGGUCAGCCCACCUGGGUGACAGUGGGCAGCUGGGAGGGAGGUCAGCUGCAGGUGGAGGACCAGGGAGUCUGGCAGGGACCCAAACCUCGCAACAGGGCAGAAGGGAAAGGUGGGAGGACCAGGGGGCGCUGGAGGGCAGGAAUGCCGGUAGUGGGGAGUCGGGUCCGGGUGGUGACCCUGGUGGAACAUCCCUUUGUGUUCACGCGGGACUCGGACGAUGAAGGCAGUUGCCCUGCCGGUCAGUACUGCCUGGACGCUGGCACGAACAGCUCGGAGACUCUGGAGAGGUUCUUCAGGGAGGUGGCAGGCGGGAACAGCAGCUUUCUACCUGCAGAGUACAGCAAGUGUUGCUACGGAUACUGCAUUGACCUGCUGGAGAAGCUGGCAGAGGACCUGGGCUUCGAGUUCGACCUUUACAUUGUCGGGGACGGGAAAUAUGGCGCGUGGAAAGGGGGACGCUGGACUGGGCUGGUGGGCGACCUUCUGAACGGAUUGGCAGAUAUGGCCGUCACCUCCUUCAGUAUUAACUCAGCUCGGAGCCGGGUGAUUGAUUUCACUUCGCCUUUCUUCUCCACCAGCUUGGGCAUCCUAGUUCGCAGUAAGGACACGGCAGCCCCCAUCGGUGCCUUCAUGUGGCCCCUGCACUGGUCCAUGUGGGUGGGUAUCUUCCUGGCCCUGCACAUCACGGCGCUCUUCCUCACGCUGUACGAAUGGAAUAGUCCGUAUGGCAUGACGCCUCACGGACGCAACAGGGUCAGGGUGUUUUCAUACUCGUCGGCCCUGAACCUUUGCUACGCCAUCCUGUUCGGACGCACCGUCUCCUCCAAGACACCAAAGUGCUGGACGGGUCGAUUUCUGAUGAACCUGUGGGCCAUCUUCUGCCUGCUGGUGCUUUCCAGCUACACUGCCAACCUCGCCGCUGUCAUGGUGGGGGAGAAGACCUUCGAGGAAGUGUCAGGGAUCCAUGAUGCCAAGCUGCAUCAUCCAUCCUGGGGUUUUCGCUUUGGGACAGUGAGGGAGAGCAGCGCAGAGGAUUACAUGAAGAAGAGUUUUCCAGAGAUGCACGAGUACAUGAGACGCUUCAAUGAGCCGACCACACCUGAAGGUGUCGCCACUCUCAAGACAGAUCCUCCUCAGCUUGACGCCUUCAUCAUGGACAAAGCUCUGCUCGACUACGAAGUUUCCAUCGACGCCGACUGUAAACUUGCAACGGUUGGGAAACCAUUCGCCAUCGAAGGUUAUGGUAUUGGCCUGCCUCAGAACUCUCCUCUGACCUCCAACAUCUCAGAAUUCAUCAGCAGGUAUAAAUCAGAGGGAUACAUGGACCUGCUGCACGACAAGUGGUACAAAGUGGUUCCCUGUGGGAACCGAGUGUUCGCUGUCACUGAGACUCUUCAGAUGGGGAUCAGUCAUUUUUCAGGACUUUUCGUGUUGUUGUGUAUUGGGGUGGGCGGUGCUUUGCUGACUCUGGCAGGUGAACACGGCUUCUACCAACUCGUCCUGCCGCACAUCCGCCGCCGACAGAACCUCAAAUACUGGCUGCACACCUCACAGAAAAUCCAUCGAGCUCUGAACAUGACGUACGAAGACGUGAAGCGGCAACGAGCUGAGAAAGAGAAAAGCUGUAACCUGCAGAAGUCUCAGCCUCCCCCGGGUCCCCCCGCUCCACCAGCACCUGGGGCCUCUGCCAAAUGGAACAAUGAGACCAGCAAGGAUGCGGCCUCCGGAGCUAAGGAUGCCCGAGACUUCAAACGAGUCCACUUCAACCUGGAGACCCUCAACACCCGCCGCCUACUUGCUCGCAUUGCCACGUCCGAUGCCAAGGGAGGCGGGGCCAAAUCCGACGGGGAGGGUCCAGCCAAACCGAGGGUGCCAAACAGCAAGCUGUGUGAGAACGGAGGGCCGACAGCUUCAUUUGCAAACCUUGUGCUCUCCCUCCCCACUGCAUCCUCCUCUUCUUCUUCCUCCUCUGGUCAACCCAAUGUCACUGCUCCUCCCCCUGUAGUGGCGGCCCCACCCCCUGCUGCUGUGGCCCUGCCCCAGCCCGGUGAGCUGCAGGAGCUGCAGGAACAGAUCGAACAGAUGAGGGAGAAGCUGAGGACGGCGCUGGCCAGGAGAGCCGAGAUCCAGACUACGCUGACCAAACCCAUUGGCAUGGUGACAAGCACACCAUCUCCAGUUACGACAUCAGCAACAACGACAACAACGACAACGGGAGCUACGCCCGCCGUCACCCUGACAACGCCCCUCCCCGCCAACACAAAGUGCGUGACGACCAUGACGGACCCACCUCACAAAGUCUUGUCCAAAGUUCGGCCCCUCCACAGCAGACUGACCAAUCAGAGGAGGUGA